AUGAUUACGUACGUCAAGUUUAUCAGGCCAUGUUGGAACAUUUUAUCCGAUGAUGCUCGUACAGUUUUAUGCGCCAAUAAAGAGAAAAGGAAGACUACCAAUGUUCCUAAUGAAAGCAGUUUUUCUCCAUACAUCAACUGUGUGUUCAAAGGCUUGCGCUAUUUGAAUGCUGAUUCUAGUGUUAACGCCCAGGAAAUCAUGAGAGACUUUUACCUGGUCAACAAAACUAGCAACUCUAUCGUCUCCGGCCUUCAAAGUUGGGUUUCAGAAAUCAACGGACAAGGUGCCGAAUCUAGAGCAGCAAGUCUUUUCGAUAAGCUCAUUGGUGCUGCGGGCGCUUCCGAAGACUUGAAUGAAGCUUGGGACUAUUGUGAAAUUCGUUCCAAAAACUAUAUGUACGCUCUUCAAAAUGGAGGAGUUUAUAAUAGAGCUAAUGUAAAGGCUCUCGUGACACAAAUUGACGAAACUCUCUGUCCAUCUUCGACUAUUGAAGAUACUGGAGUCAUUGUUGCUUAA